AUGUCUCUUGUUCACACCGUCCUCUUGCAGUUCAAGGAAGAUGCUGCUCCUGAGACGGUCAAGGAGCCCUACAUUCUGUCCAUCAAGGGCGGUCGCGACAACUCGGCCGAGGGCAUGCAGGGCGGGAUCACGCACGGAUUCGUGGUGGAGUUUGCCACGGCGGCGGACCGCGACUACUACGCGAAGAACGACCCGGCGCACCUGGCGUAUGCGGCGUCGCUGCGCGCGCUGGUGACCAAGGCGGUGGUGGUGGACUUUGCCGACGGAGUGUACUAG